UUUACUAUUAGACGAUCUGCCAUUUGGCUGAUCUUCGAUACUUUAACUUAUUUUGCUUCCUUGUUCUUCUUUCCUUACUCCAUAUCUCUUAUAAUAAGUACCGAUCGUUGCCGGUGGUGGAGCUACCUGAUUGUCACGACGACUUCAUUAUUGGGAUUUUGAGAUUCUAUACCCACUCAAUUCAGCUCGACGCAUAUAAUCACUCCACAGGCAGUGGUUCAAUUACAACAAUUCUCACCGCAGGACGGAAAGAAAGAAAGCUAUUUUGUUAAUUUGGACGAAAAAAGAAGACGGAUUGGAUAUCGCUACGGAUCACGGUCUCACGUAUAGAAAAAACGGCCUACAGAAAUCACUCAGACGAAAGAUACGCAGAGCACUCAGAAAGAGCUUGGAAGAGAAGACACGAGAAAAUGGCUUCGGCCUUGUCAAUUCGUCUCGCGGCAGCAGCCCUUUUCGCCCUUUCAGUAACAGCACAGUCAUCACCCGCCAUGUCCAUUGAGUCCUUCAUUCGAGCAGCUGAUGAUGUUCUCCACCGACCAUACGUUUCCCUACUAUCAACGCCGCUCGCUGAGCGCGAUGGGAACGCCACAGUCGAGCAGCUCCCCGCAGGAGAUGUUCCUCUGACAAAGGAUGGCUCGUUGAACAUGACGGCCUGGAACAUGGACACCAACGCUGCAUGCCGCUCAGUUCUCGGUGGACUGCACAAGAGCACAAAUCCCUCUGGAACAUGCGUGUGCUAUAAUCUUCCCUCACUCGAUGUGAAGACUGGUGUUUUCGAGGCUGAUAUUCGACUGUAUCAAGUUUCUCAAGCCAGAGGUAGUUUUGCAGCUGUUGCACCUGAGGAUAUCAAUGUUGGAAUCUCAUAUACGGGUGCAAGUGUUAUGCCCAUUCAGCCUGCGGAUGUCAAUGGCACAGGUCUAACAGGCGGUAAGCCUGGUAUGGGAAAGAGAGAAGAGGGGAUGCAACUCCUACAAGCAUAUAUGUUGGUUGGAAAGAUCGAUGCGGACAAGAUGACGGAUAACAUGACUAUGGACGAGCUCGAAUACCAUAUCAUGCCAACCCUCACCCUCACUGCCCGCAACAGCACAGGCAGUACCAUCCGCACCAACGUCUCCAUCAACGAAGCCGCUUUUCUCACUGGCGUCUUCUCCCAAGAUGUUGUCAUGUCUGACUUCGCUAUGGCCUCAGCCGCCGUCGAAGAUCAGGUCGCCGCUCUCAACAACGGCACUGUCGCCUUUGUCCUCCCAGGCGUACAGCUCAUGGUCCUCCCCAUUGGUCUUAUCAUGAUGAGCGUCUGGCUGCUCAUCUUUGUCUCAGCUGUUGGCUUCGGCACAUAUGAGCGCUACAACUAUGCUCUCAUGUAUAAACGCAGACAAGCCGUCACAAUGCCCAAGAAGGCGACAAUAUGAAGCAGGACAUGAAGUUGGGAUAUAAUCAAGCGAGCUUUUCAUUACUCUUACGGCCAUGCAUAGCGUUGUCGACUCUUUUUUCUUUACUACUUUAACUCUCAUAAGCGUGUCAUUUCCACUCUGCCGAUAUUUCAGGCACCAUAUGACUUUUUAGUUGAUAUCCGACCUCACAUGGUCCCUAGAUUCACUUUCUACACUACAACAAUAGAUAGUCUCAUAGCAUCAAUGUACUAGCCGCUAUAUGGCUGAACAAUCACCUACUA